GUUGAGUGAAUCUGUGACGAGAAGUUAAUUAAAAUGAAGAGUAAUUUGUGGUUCAAGAAUACUGCAAAUCAGAAUCAUUAUAAGAGUGUGUAUGAAAAAAACAACAUGGCUACUAUGACCAUCGGUCGCGUAGUGAAAAAACCUAAAAGAGUCAGAAGCGCCUUCACAACAGAGCAAGUGAAUUACUUAGAAAGAGAAUAUAAAAAGUACCCAUACAUUGGCACUGGACAUAGAAAAGAGAUCGCUGCUUCAUUAAACAUCUCGGAGAGGACUGUGAAAAUAUGGUUUCAAAAUCGACGAAUGAAAGAGAAAAAGGAAACGAUUUACAAAGAAUUUUGUGACGAGCAUACCGGUCAAGAAAUUGCCAAAAGUCGAUUAAAUAAUAUGGCUACUAUGCAAUCAACUAAUGAUGGAUCGUUAAAUGCAUUGCCAUUACUAACAACUGACGUCGACAAUGCGAUAGCAAUGAAUAACAAACUUCUACAUCUUGAAGAAAAUAGGAUGAUAUCAAAAGAUACAUCUUUAUUAAAGAACGCAAAUCAACAACAAAAUAAAUCAGAUGUGAAGUUAUUACAGUUUCAAAAAAAACGUGAUUUGCAAAAAGAUUCUAGAUCUAUUGAUUCUUGUAAGAAAUAUAUAAAAGUAAAUAAUAAUCUUCAAGCUAAAUCCAAUCCUACGAACGUUGAAUCACAAGGUCCAAUUUCACAAAAUUCUAAUUCUCUCAAGCCUAAAGUUUCUCCACAAGAUUUAACUACGAAGAUACCACCAUUACAAACAAAGCAGAAGCCAUGUACUGGACAUGCUCAGGGUAUUUCUGGUUACUUUCCUGUCGUUCCCAAUUUUUAUCCUCAACCCUUUGUGUCACCUGGUGGUGUUUUAUGGAAGCCAGUAAUAAUGCCAUUAGUGUCUGGAGCAGGUCCUAAUAUUUCAACGAAUGAUUUCAAUGUAAUGGCUGCACCGGAACAGAAUUCCAAAAUGUGUAAUUGUAAUUGUCAUUCGAAAUCUUUCCCUAUCAAUACAGGACCUCAAAAUGGUCAAAAUCAACAAUAUUUCUUAACUGCGUUACCUUUACAAAAUCCCAGUACUAAGUUUUAAUUUAAGUACAUUUGUAUUGUUUAUUUCUUGUUAAGUGUUAUAAUUAUUUAAAGGAUAUAUAUUUUAAUAAAAA